AUGAGGCUCCCCAUCUUCUUCCUGCUGACUUUAUAUUGGCUCUGCACCGAAGGUGUGGUCAAAUGUGAAUCACAGGAGGGAAGCACAUCGCACACAGGCGAUUCCACAGAUGGGGAUUCCCAAAAGAAUUCAGAGGGAGGUGACGCUCCCUCACCACCCAAUUCAGGAGGAGAGGAAGGUGAAUCACAAGAUAGAAGCCCUGCUCAAGAGGAACCACAAGAUCCACAGGAAUUACCACCUCAACCGGAAUCACCACCUCAACCGGAAUCACCACCUCAACAGGAUGGUGUAACCCACAGUGUUUCACAAGACCAAGCACAUAACCCUGGCACAUCGGAAGUACCCCCUUCAACUGAGUCCAACCUCAUUGAUACAGGCAUUAGUACUAAUGGAAGUCCCCCACUUGCAGCCUCCGCACCAGGGGGUGAUAAUCCCAUACAGGAUGAAGCCCAAGCUUCUUUGAAGCCCAUUCAAGUAAAGUCAGCUCUGUUGAAGGACCAGAAGGGAAUAAAGAUUACCGGACCUUGUGACGCAACCUUUCAGGUUUUCCUCGUACCAUACUUGUACAUCGAUGUCAAUGCUAAAAAUACGGACAUAGAAAUGGACCCCAUGUUCACCAAGGUGGAUGAUAAAAUCAAAUUUGAACAAGACAAAUAUCGCCUGCUCAACAUUUGUGGUGAGGGAAAAACCUUCAAGCUAGUUGUAUUCAUGCACGAGGAUGUUUUGACUAUAAAAUGGAAGGUGUACCCUCCCAAGGGGGUGACAGCAUCGGACAAGACGCUGGACGUGAGAAAGUACAAAAUGAGGGACAUCGGCAGGCCGAUCACCUCCAUACAAGUGUUGGUUACCUCCAAAAAUGACAAAACACUUCUGGUCGAAAGCAAAAAUUACUCAGUGAUGGAAGAGAUACCAGAGAAAUGUGACGCGAUUGCCAACGAUUGCUUCAUGAGCGGUGUAUUGGAUAUCCAAAAGUGUUACCACUGCACACUGCUACUGCAGAAGAAGAAGAACGCUGAGGAAUGCUUCAAAUUUGUGUCCCCCGAAAUUAAAAACCGAUUUGACGAUAUACAAGUGAAGGGAGAAGACGAACAAGAUCCAAACGAAGUAGAACUGGAACAAUCUAUUCAUAACAUUUUGGACAAAAUGUACAAUAAGGUGGAAGGAGGAAAACAUGAGGUUAACCAUUUGGCCAUCUUAGAUGCCACCUUCAAGGAAGAACUGCUAAAGUAUUGUGACCUGAUGAAGGAGAUGGAUAUCAGUGGGGUGCUCGAAAACUACGAGAUGGGUAAUACAGAUGAUGUGUUUGCCCACAUAGCAAACAUGCUAGAGAAGAAUGGUAAUUAUGCCGUCACUUUGUUGCCAAAUAAAAUGAAGAACGUGGCUAUUUGUUUAAAAAAUCCAGACGAGUGGGUGGAUGGCAAAACCGGGCUGUUGCUUCCCAAGUUAGCGUUUCCCCACUUGGUCCAUAAGAACGUGCAGGAUGGCUCCAACUCGGUAGAGACAACUGUAGAUGGAACGCCUGCCUUUAAAGAAGACGAGGAUGGAAUCAUCGAUUUGACAACUCUGGACUGUGUAGAUGUGCACCCCAGUGUGCUCGCGGAUAAGCUACACUGCAACGAUGAGUACUGCGACAGGUGGAAGGAUUCAAGCAGCUGUAUGGCGAAGAUUGAGGCGGGGGACCAGGGAGACUGCGCUACGUCAUGGCUGUUUGCCUCGAAGGUGCACCUGGAAACGAUCAAGUGUGUGAAGGGUUACGAACACGUCCCAAGUUCUGCUCUCUAUGUGGCUAACUGUUCCAGUAAAGAAGCGAAGGACAAGUGUCAAGCUGCGUCGAAUCCGCUAGAGUUUUUGAACACCCUGGAGGAGACCAAAUUUUUGCCAGCCGAGUCGGACCUUCCAUACUCUUACAAAGCGGUGAAUAACGUCUGUCCCGAGCCGAAGAGUCACUGGCAAAACUUAUGGGAAAAUGUGAAGCUCCUAGACAAGCAGUACCAACCCAACUCGGUGAGCACCAAGGGGUACACCGCUUACCAGAGUGACCACUUCAAAGGCAACAUGGAUGCUUUUAUUAAGUUGGUAAAAUCAGAAGUGAUGAACAAAGGAUCCGCAAUCGCGUAUGUGAAGGCACAAGGAGUGAUGAAGUACGACUUGAACGGCUUGGAUGUGCAUAGCUUGUGUGGUGGUGAAAAACCCGAUCUCGCUGUGAACAUAGUAGGCUAUGGCAACUACAUCACCGAGGAGGGACAGAAGAAAUCCUACUGGUUGCUACGAAACAGUUGGGGAAAAUACUGGGGAGAUGAUGGCAACUUCAAGGUCGACAUGCAUGGUCCUCCUGGAUGCCAACAGAACUUCAUCCACACCGCCGCUGUCUUCAACUUGGACAUACCUCUAGCCACACACCCCAUCAACAAGGACCCAGAAAUAAAUGACUACUAUUUGAAGAAUUCGCCUGAUUAUUAUGACAAUUUGUAUUAUAAGAAGUUUCAGGAAAAUGGCGCUACGGGGGGAGUCAGCAAGGAGUGCGUGCAGGGAGCCUCCACUGUGUAUGGACAAGAGGAUGAUCAAAAAGAGAUUACUGAAGAGGAAAGAAAAGUGGCAGAUAGUAAGGAUACCCAACCAACAGGUGAAGUCGCAGCAGGUUCACUCUCUUCAGGAUCAACUCAGACAAGAGCGGACUCAGGACAGGAAGCAGGAACAGAAAUAGGAACUGCUGAUGGAGGAUCAACGCCGGUCGUAAAUCCAAACGAACAAACGGGAGGACUCACCGCAGGCACAGGAGCAUUGCCACAGACACCCGCACCAAACGUAGAAACCGUACUACCCACACCACCCCCACCAAUCGGACCACCCGCAGCUCCCGCAGCACCCGCACCAAACGGACCACACACACCAAGCGAAUCACCCGCACCAACCGUACAAAACGAACCAACCGUACAAACCGCAGAACCCGUACCUGGCGCCCCGACUAACAGCACCUCAGCCACCGUCGAGUCCGAGGUUAAGGAAGUCCUUCAAAUUCUGAAGCAUAUUAAAAACGGCAAGGUAAAGGUAGGGCUAGUCACAUACGACACGGAGAAGCGGAUUGGCGCGGAGAAGGUUUGCUCUAGAGCGUAUGCCGUGGACCAUGAGAAGCAAGAAGAGUGCGUUGAGUUUUGUGAAGCGAACUGGGAUGCAUGCAAAAGUACAGUGUCUCCUGGGUACUGCUUAACGAAGAAGAGAGGAAGUAAUGACUGCUUCUUUUGCUUUGUGUGA